AUGCAAAUAGCAUGCAAUAUACCUACGGAUUCCGAGGCGAGAACCUUGCUCUUGGCACUCGAGAAUCCUCUCCUCGCGCGCGCUUCCCAAAGAAGAGCAAGAAGUAGACGAAGACACGAAGAGGAGGAGGAGAUUAUGUCGCGGGUUUUGCUUCUCGUGGCGAUUUCCGCUUUUGCGGUUGCCGUUUCCGGUUUCGGAAGCAGCGAGGAUAAGUUUGUGAAGAAGUAUGCUAUGAUGAAGAUUUACGAAAGCUGCUUCGGAGCUGAUGUUGUUAAGCAGAUCAGGAAGGAAAUGAAAGCUGCUUGCGCGAAAUGCGCCUCCUACGAAGCUCCACCACCACCGAGGACCACGACUCCUCCACCUUUUGAAGCUGAGAAAGACGUGAUCACCGAUCCUGAAAACACAGUCUACGCCAACCAACAAACCUUCGAUCCUGCGAAGCUGCAUCAAGCAAUUUUAUCUUUCAGACCCAAUCCUUUCACGGUGCCGCAGGUCAGACCGUAUCCUCACAACUUCUACGGUGGAUAUCAAGGAAAUCCGCAAUUUGCUGCACCACAAAUGUACUAUCAGCAACCAUCGCCAUUCUCAAAUCCCUUCGCUUAUCCCCUUUUCGCCCAACAAUACUUAGGUGGAAAUCGCGUUUCUCGCGAUAUGGAUUUGAGGAGUCAAUUGGAGGCGAUUACAUCACGCAUGAGCGGUCGCGUCAGGAACGUCACUUGCGUGAUGCAGGAAUUGGGUUACCUGGAUGAGAGCUUCGAGCCCAACUUCGAGAAGAUCAGUGAAAGAAUCGGAAAUUUACCAGUUGGAGUCGAGCUCAAGGAAGAUAUCCAGGAAGGAGUUUCAUUCUGCAAACAAUUCUCGCAAUGCGUUCCUGAGGUGAAGAAAGGAUCUCCGUUGUCGCGUGAACUCAUGCGACCUCUGCUGUUCUUCAAGUGCUACAAGCACAAGAAGUUGGAAGCUUGCAUCAUGAAGGACGUGAGGGAGAAGUUUUCUGGAGAUGCGGACGUCGACGAGGAUGAUGAUGUGGACAACGUCGAGUUCAGGAGGACAGGGAAAGCAGCCAAAGUACAAGGAAGCAACGCGGAAAUCGAUUAUUUGGCCAGCUCCAUGUAUGAUUUCCUUUACGGCAGCGAAAACAAUUUAGACUUAGACAACUUAUUUUAAGAUAUCACUGACCAUUCUUUAUUUAUUUCCUUAAAUUAUUAAAAAAAAAAAACAAACAUACACUUUGAAUUUUG